AUGGCUUCAUUUGAACUUAUUGUGAUCAUUUUUGGUUCCAGCAAAAGUAUUUCAACUGUUAAUUUACGAUUACCAAUUUCUUUCACACUUGCUAUUGAUGAAACAUCACUUAUAAGUUCGAUUACUGUCGAUUCGCAAACUUUCGAUACAUGUUUACAUCGAUAUUUUGUUGUUCUUCUUGACACAAUUUCUGAUGAACUUUUCGAUCGUCUUCAAAUCAAUCAUCAGGUUCAAGCAAUUUACAGUCAAAACAAUUUUGUCAACGCCACUGAACGACAUAAAUUACGUCGUUUUAUAAAUAAACAAUGGCAACAACUUUCAUUAGAUUUAACAUCAGAUAUUGUAUAUUUUCUCACAGUUGAAGGUGAAAAACAAGCAAAAUUGGAACAAAUACCGUUGGCACAAGUUUAUUAUCGUCAAGCACGACUAUUGAAAGAAUGGGCCAUGUCGUUUGUCAAAGCUGAACCAUGUCAUAUUCUGCUUAUUCCACUGAAUAGUAGUCAAGAAAAUUUGGACAACACCUAUGAAAAAUUACAAACAGUCUGUACUAAACUCGGUUAUCCAUCAGUUAUCAUUCGAACAUUGGACAAAUAUAUUCCUAUCGAUGAUGCAGAAAAACUACAGUUAAUGCCCUAUGCUUCACAUUUAUUUAAUAAUGAACAUCCACAUUAUAUCUGUGAAUUAAUUAAAAGAUUAUCAUCAAUAAGAUUCUAUUUAUAUGGUAAUGAUUAUUAUAUUUCAAGUGAAUGGAGUAAUUUGAUGAUUACUCGAGAAAUUCAUGUCAUGGAAGAUGAAGAUAAUUGGUGUUCAUUUCUUGAAAAUGAACUUAUUGAUGAUGAAAUAAAAUGGAAUUUUAAACCAAUGUUUGCAGAAAAAUGGAAAGUAAAACAUAUAGCACCAAUUAAUAUAAGUAAUUUAGAUAAAAAUCUUCGAUUUCAAUCAGCACUUCGACGAGCUUUUAAAACAUUUAAUCAACGUCAAAUUGAAGUUACAACAACAAUUUUUGAAUGGUACGAUCAAUGUAUUCGAAAUGAUUAUCUUCAAUUAGAACCUAAAUUGACUAGUCAAGAAGAAGAAAAACUCACAAAAACAAAAAUCGAAACAAACAUCACAGUAGAUCAACAUACGGUUCAAAAUUUAUCUAUCACUCGAGUUCAUCCAGCAUUGAGAAAGAAAGUAGUUUCAUUUAUUUGGCUUGAUGAAUUUCUUAAUUUUUCUCAAGAAUAUCUUAAUCGAAUAAUAAAACCAUCGACAUGGUACUUUUUUGAUGAUAUAUCAACUUGUAUACAAUACAUUGAAGAUCAAUUACAAGAAGAAAAACAAAUAUUUCUUGUUGUUUCGGAUAUACUUGGUCAAAACAUAUUUCUUAAAUACUUUGAUCUAUUGUCAUUAAUUCCAUUCGUAUAUAUCUAUUGUUCUGGACUUAGUCUAAAUAUUGAUUGGAUAAAAAAUUAUUCUCAAAUUCAAGGAAUUUAUAACGAUUCCAUAAAACUUGCUGAACAAAUACAACAAAAUUUACAUCAAAGUUCUCAAUCUUUAUCUAUCAAUAAUAAUAAUCUGUACCUUAACUCGACUACAAAUCAGCUUGAUUUACAAACAUAUAAUAUGUCAUCAACAACUUCAUUAUCAUGGAUUCUCUAUAAUCAAGAACAAACUCAUCUAUUCUUAGCUCAACAACGUACAAUUGAUAAUCUUCUUUCUAUGCCACAUACAAUUGAAUCACGUGAUGAAAUGCUUGUCGAAUGUCAUCGAUUCUAUCAGGAUAAUACAUCAGCUCUAGCUGAAAUUAAUACAUUCGAUAAAAGUUAUAACUCAAAUAUUGCUCUUCAAUGGUAUUCACGUAGUGGAUUUCUUUAUCGAAGAAUUAAUGAAGUACUUCGAUCAAGCAAUACCGAUGCAAUGUAUAAAAUAAGAUAUUUUCUUAAAGAUCUCUAUGUACAACUCAAUGAAUUAUACACACAAGAAAGCUUGUGUAAUUCAUAUAAUCAACAAGAUGCAACAAUGGUUUAUCGUGGUCAGCAUAUGUCUAAAACAGAAUUUGGAUAUUUUCAAAAAAUUCAAGGUAAUAUUAUAUCUAUCAAAACAUUUUUAUCAACAACUAAAUCAUUACAAAUUGCAAUUGAUUUUGCAAAUGCACCUGUAGAUCACAAUGAUAUGAUUCAAGUACUAUUCUAUAUCAAAAUACAUUGGUUCUGUGAAUAUAUUCGACCUGUUGCUAAUAUUUCUAAAUUUUCGGUUUUUCCAGAUGAAGAAGAAGUUUUAUUUGCUAUGGGUAGUAUAUUUCGUGUUCAAAAUGUUGAUAUGUUAAACGCAAUAGAUAACAUUCCUGUUAUAUAUUUAACAUUAAUAGAUCGAAAAGAAUUGAUGAACAAUAAUUAUUAA